AUGCCCUACUCCUUGGCAGGUCGCAAUGUGUUGAUAACCGGAGGCUCUCGAGGCCUGGGUGCACUCUCAGUCGAGAAGUUUGCCUCUGAGGGCAGCAACAUUGCGAUUAACUACAUGUCUAACAAGGAGACGGCGGACAAGCUUGCCUCGGACGUGGCAAACAAGUACAACGUGAAGACUGUGGUCAUUCAAGGUGACGCGGGAGUUAAGCAGGAUUGUAUCAAUGUCGUCCACGCUGCUAUCGAGCAAUUGGGUGGGCUAGACAUCAUCAUUUCAAAUGCCGGAUGGACCAAAAUCACCAAGUUCAGCGAUCUCGAUGCCAUGGACGAUGAUGAUUGGGACAAGUGCUGGUCUGUCAAUGUCAAGAGCAGCUUACACUUGUUCAAAGCGGCGCUUCCCACAUUCAAUGCGAAUCCUGAGGGUGGUGUUUUCCUCAUCACAGCGUCGGUUGCGGGCGUCGCGGCAACUGGUAGCAGCUUGCCCUAUUCCGUGACAAAAGCUGCAUGUAAGUUGCCUUCUCCGGGGUUUUUUUUUUUUUUUUUUUUUUGCAUCAGCAACUCACAUUAUACAGUGGUUCAUCUUAUGAAAUGUAUUGCGCAGACACAAGGUGCGAAGGUCCGCGUGAAUUCCAUCUUGCCUGGCCUUUUGCUCACCGAAUGGGGCCAACGCUUCCCACCCGAGGCUAUCCAGAGUUGGAUAGACAGGACGGCGCUCAAGCGUGCGCCUGAGGUGGAAGACUGUGCCGACAUGUUCAUAACACUGGCCAAGAACGCUUCGAUUACAGGGCAGGCUAUUGUAAUCGACUCCGGCUUCGCGAUCAAAUAG